AUGGCCAGCCGCCAGCAACUUCACGUCUACUUCUUCCCGUUCAUGGCGCACGGCCACAUGAUACCGGCCGUCGACAUGGCCAAGCUCUUCGCUUCCCGAGGCGUCACCGCCACCAUCGUCACCACCCCGCUAAACGCCCCUCUUUUCUCCAAAACCAUCAAAACCCACCCAGAGAUCCGCAUCCGUACCCUCGACUUCCCGGCAGCCGAGGUCGGACUGCCGGCUGGAUGCGAGAACGUCGACUUCAUCACCUCCCGGAAUCUAGGCCGGGAAGCCAUGUCCAAAUUCUUCCUCGCCACCACGCUCCUCCGGGAACCCCUCGAGAAGCUCCUCGACCACGACCGGCCCGACUGCCUCGUCGCCGACAUGUUCUUCCCUUGGUCCACCGACUCCGCGGCCAGAUUCGGCGUCCCCAGGCUGCUGUUCCACGGCACCGGAUUCUUCGCUCUGUCGGCCAUGGCCGCCGUGGCGGCCCACCAGCCGUACAACCGCGUGGCGUCGGAUACCGAUCCGUUCGUGCUCCCGGGGCUGCCCCACGAAAUCCGGCUGACGAAGCGACAGGGAGGCGAGAGCGAUUUCAUGUCGGAGUUUUUCAGGAGGGUCAGGGAGGCGAACUCCGGUGGAUACGGAACCUUGGUCAAUAGCUUCUACGAGCUGGAGCCGGCCUACGUGGACCACUACGGGACCGUUUUAGGCAGGAAGGCCUGGCACGUGGGGCCCGUUUCGCUCGCAAAUGCUGACGUGGACGAUAAAGCGAGCCGAGGAGGAGGAGGAGGAGGAAGGCAAGCCGUCGUUGACCAGGACCACCAGAUCUGGAAAUGGCUCGACGCCAAGGAGCAAAACGCCGUCGUUUACAUCUGCUUCGGCAGCGUGGCCAAUUUCGGGGCGGAGCAGAUGAGGGAAAUCGCGAUCGGGAUCGAGGCGUCCGGUCGGGAUUUCGUCUGGGUGGUCAGGGGCGGCGAGCUGCCGGAGGGAUUCGAGGCGAGGACGGAAGGGAGAGGGAUGGUGAUCCGCGGGUGGGCCCCGCAGGUUCUGAUUCUGGAGCACGAGGCGGUGGGGGCGUUCGUGACGCACUGCGGGUGGAACUCGACGCUGGAGGGGAUCGCGGCGGGGCUGCCGAUGGUGACGUGGCCGGUGUCGGCGGAGCAGUUCUACAACGAGAAGCUGGUGACGGAGGUGGUGGGGAUCGGGGUAGGGGUUGGGGCGGAGCAGGCGGCGGUUUACGGGGCGACGGUGGAGAGCGGGAAGGUGGAGAGAGCUGUGAGGAGGAUUAUGUCGACGGGGGAUGAAGAGGUGGCGGAGAUGCGGCGGAGGGCGAAGGAUUUGGGAGAGACGGCGAGGAGAGCGGUGGAGGAAGGAGGGUCUUCGCACGCUGAUUUGGGGGAUCUGAUCGAGGAAUUGAAGUCGCGGCGUGGUUAG